CUUGCACGGAUUUUAACCAUGAAGACGCUUUCAGAAGUUGUGAAUGUGUAGCUCUGGGAGAGCUAGUUAACCUCAGUAUCUAGUUCAUCUAAUUAAAAACAAAACCCUGACAGCAUGGAAUAUUCUGAUGUUUGGAAGUGGAAUUAGGAGCCAUCGAACUCCGUGACCAUAGAACCCAAAGGGAAUGAGCUGGAGCUGCAGACACCACAGCAGAAAUAUCCUGCCUGUAAUCCCAGGUCUUCCACCCUGGCUCGUCUGGAGCUCUCAGACUAGAGUUUGCACAGUUUCUCUGCAGCCGGCCUCUUUCAGAGAUGGAUCGGGGGCCGUCAGCCCACGCUGGUUCCUGUGCCUGUGCUAACCUUUCGGAAACAUCAGUGUGGCUGUCGGUGAGAGACCCACCAAAAGGCCCAUGAUGCCAGGAUGCCCAUCACUCAGGACAACGCCCUCAGCAUCCUCCCAUUGCUGGAGGACUGGCAGGGGGAUCAGACCACAAGGUCACAGCAGGACCGCAACCUGAAUCAGCACAGUACUGGCUGCAAGCAUGUGGAUCAGGACUCCAACCAGAAUGGGGAAGGGGACAGUGUGUGCAGUAGCAGCAGUGUUAACAGUGUCCACGUGGAGGACAUGUCCCUGUGUCUGGCUGCCAUUCAGAAGCUGGUGGAGUACAUUAAGUUCAACUUCAUGGAGGGUGACGUGGCCCCACCAGCCAGCCCGUCCUCCUGCAGGGAGGAGUUAGACGUGGAGAUUCAUGCCGUCUUCCUCAGUAAAGACGAGGACGAUACCGCUGAGUUUGGCCUCAGCUUCGGGAACAUCCCUAUCUUUGGGGACCCUGAUGGAAGAAAGAAGGGAGGCCCGAGGAGGAGGCGGGACCAGGGCCCCAUCAUGGAUGUGGGCUGUAUCUGGGUGACAGAGGUGAAGAAGAGGAGCCCCGCGGCCCGCUGUGGGAGGAUCAAACUGAGAGACGAACUGCUGUCACUGAACGGGCAGCUGAUGGUGGGAGUGGAUGUCAGUGGAGCCAGUUACCUGGCUGACCAGUGCUGGAACGGAGGCUGUAUCUACCUGAUCAUGCUGCGGCGAGUCAAGCGAAAGGCCCCUCUCCCUCCCUGCGAUGUCAAUGGCGGUGUGGGUACCCCUGUGUGCAGCGACAGCAGCGAAGACCUGCGGCAGGGCAGAGCUGCCCGUGAGCCCCCCGACGCAUCAGCAAACUGCAAACGCACACGCAAGUUCGGCGUCAUAUCACGAUCGUCCUUUAACCGAGACAACAGGGACAGCUCGGACUCAGAGCUCCAGAGCUGUUACAACGGCCACAGCUCUUCUGUUCCCGCUGAUUUGGAAGUGGGUCCUCCGGGAGAUGACUCAGGUUACACCCUCUCCACACGCACAUCCACAGAGCAAAGCCCAGACACCUUUCAUCAGGUGAGAGCGGCUCCCCAGCACAGAGGAGGCACUGCCACCCUGCCUGCAAGGAGCCACAGUCAGCUGUUAGAGUGCAAGAUGGAUUCCUUCAGCAGCGAACCUUCAAGCCAGCCCAGAGAGGGCAGCCACAUCUGGAAGAUGCAUAUGGUGAAGGGUCAGGAGGGCUUGGGCAUACAGAUAACAGGGGGGCGUGGCUCCAAGCGCUCUCCUCAUGGGAUCAUUAUAGCUCACAUAGAGGAGGGGGGCGCCAUUCACAGGGACGGCCGUCUUCAUGCUGGUGAUGAGUUGCUGAUGAUUAAUGGUCAGUCUCUGGUCGGUCUCACUCAUCAGGAGGCUGUUGCUAUCCUCCGCUCUACGACUGGUCUGGUCCAGUUGGUGGUGGCCAGCAGGGAGGAGUCAGAUGUGGGUUUCGAGCGCUUCCCAUCCACCAGCCUGCCGGACCUGGUGAGCACCUGCAGUUCCUCAUCCUCCCUGUCUCAGACGGCUCUCCCUCGCUCACCCCAGGCCUCCAACAGCAGCACAAGUCUGCACAACCCGUUCCUGUCGACUAACCUGGAGAAACUAGAAGAACAAAGUCAGGUAGAGGUCCCCAAAGGAUCCUGCAACAACCCCACAUCCAUGAAGCUCUGCAGCCGAUCCCAAGGGGGGAGCAGUCGCCUGGAGUCAGUGGGUGAGGACGAUGAGCUGUUCGUGGAGAACGGCGUGAGCGGCUGCGAAGUUGUGGAGAAGCCUCCACCUGGCCGACGUAAACACUCUCUACCUCAACAACUAGACUCUGCUGGAGUGAGACAGGAAUAUCAGAUAAUUAAGAAAUCAGCCCGCUCCCUGAGCACUAUUCAAGUGGAGUCUCCAUGGCGACUGGCACAGCCAUCUAUUAUCUCCAGUAUAGUGCUGAUGAAAGGCCAGGGCAAGGGCCUAGGGUUCAGUAUUGUUGGCGGGCAGGACUCAGCACGAGGUCAAAUGGGGAUUUUUGUUAAAACCAUUUUCCCUCACGGAGCCGCAGCAGCCGAUGGACGUCUGAAAGAGGGAGAUGAGAUUCUGGAAGUGAAUGGAGAGUCUCUCCAAGGACUCACACACCAACAGGCCAUCCAGACCUUCAAGCAACUGAAGAAAGGUGUAGUGACACUUACCAUUCGAACACGUCUGCGUAGUCCCAGCCUGACACCCUGUCCGACCCCCACUCUCCUCAGUCGGUCCAGUUCUCCCAACUCCAACGUCAGCGGGGGGACACCUGUCCCCUCAGGGUUUGAAGAGGCUGAUGGCCGCAAGGGACCCGGUCCUGGUCCAAAAGACUGCAUCAUCAUGGAGGUCACACUUAAUAAAGAGCCUGGUGUUGGUCUGGGGAUUGGAGUUUGCUGUCUGACCCUGGAGAACUCUGCUCCUGGCAUCUACAUCCAUAGCUUGGCGCUGGGAUCUGUGGCCAAGAUGGAUGGCAGGCUCAGUCGUGGAGAUCAGAUACUGGAGGUGGACUCAGUCAGUCUUCGUCAUGCUGCUCUCAGCGAGGCGUAUGCCAUCCUCAGUGAAUGUGGCCCUGGACCAGUCAGUCUCAUUAUAAGCAGACACCCUAACCCCAAGGUAUCAGAGCAGGAGAUGGAUCACAUCAUAGCUCGAUCCACACACAGGGACAAGCUGAGCCGGAGCAAACACUCAUCUCACUCCCAAGGCCUGUCCUGUAAGAGUCCCUGCCCAGCAAUGAAGGACAGGCAGGGAGACGGCUCCCCUGCGCUCAGCUGGACCAUGAAGAGAUUCCUUGAGCCUGCCAGCAGACAGGGGUCCCUGAGCUCAGAGACAGAGUUAUCUCAAUACUUCUCCCAGGACGUCUCCAGCCACUCGUUCCUCUCCGAGUCCAUGCUGAUGGACCUGAGCAGUGACGAGGCUGUCCACCAGCAGAGCUGCAUGACCUCCAUGGACGACACCUCAUCACAGCCCCAUGAAGCGGAGAGUGGCCCCGUGUACAGCGCAUCACAAGACAAGGCCCCCGUCGCUCUUAAUCACCAUGUAGAGACGGUUUGCCAGCCCAUUGCUGUCUCCAGCCCCACCUCGGUGCGAAGCCCACUUCUCCGUCAGCGACGGGUGAUGUGCUUUGAAGAUGAGCUCAGUGAUGAUGAGGACUCAGACAACACAGGAAACACUGGGCGCUUCCACAGACCAACAAAAUCGGACUCUGUUAACACUGAUGCUCAGACACCCCGUAUCUCCAGCACUGAUUCAGCAGCUGUAAUUGCUACAUCUGCUACUUCAUCGUUAGAUGUAGAUGGAGACAGUGAAGACGGUGGGGAUUUGCAGAAGUGUGAAAGCAGUGACGUGACAACACCACUCUGUGGUAGCUUCUCACAUCGUGUUGCCGAUAAGUCUGAAUCACCUGGCUCUGAGUCACCCUUCAUGCCCAUCCGCUGCUCCUUUGACUACAAAGCAGGGGGGGCAAGCAGCGUGGGCUCUGCAUCCAGCAAUCUGACCAUUGUUAGUGAGAACUGUACAAACCAAGAUGAUGGACAAAUGGAGUCGAAGCGCUCCCCGAAGCUUGAACAUAAAGCAGUGACGCGGGUCAAAAGUAUGAUGAGCAUUGAAGCGCCAAACCUGCCCCAGCAGCAAAAGUCUGCAAAAGCUGAUGACCCCUCUCCGUGCACGGCCCCGUCCCAACCCCCAUCAUCCCAUCCCACACUGUGUGGAAGAAACCCCAGGACCACAGGUGGGUCAGCACCCCACUGUAAGAAGGGAGAUACCAGUGAGCUCAUGGCUGUGUGUGCCAUCGACACCGUGACCCUGAGGAGAUGUGAGGACGAGUCUUUUGGGCUUGACCUGGAGAUUAUGUCGUCCCCUCUGAAAGUUGUCAUCAUUGGGUUAAAGCCUGGCGGUGCAGCAGAAAGGGAAUCUUCAGCCAAGCUGUGUCCUGGAGAUGAGAUUGUAAAAAUUGGAGAAAAGCUGGUGUGCUCGUCCAGCUACCAGGAAAUCUGUGAGCUGAUGCACAACCUCCCUAUGACUCUGUCCUUGGAAGUCAAGAGACCAGUUUCAGCUGUAGAUCGACUGUCCAGUUUGAUAAUGUCAUCAGGAAGCAGUGACGGGCCCAUCAGGCUGAACACAGCCAGAGUUGUUCAGGGGACGUCUGAUGAAGGACAAGUAAUAAAUGCAAAUUCAGGAAACUCCAAAAACGCAACCCAAACAGACUGUGACUUUCAAAUACCUGUCACCAACAUAGAUGACAUUUUGGUAGAUGUUAGUGUCUGCAGCGAUCAAAAUACACACACCGAAUCCCCCUACAAAACAUCAUCUGAUGAGCCUGUAUCCGGCUCUUCUAGCCAGAAUACUGUUACCCCGCCUGAGGAAGCUGGGGUUCAGGUUCCAGUACAGUCCACUUCCCUGGACUGCUCUGUCUCUACAGAAAAUGAAAAGUGUGUGACAACACCUGUGAACCAGACAAAGGAAAACACGGGUUCUAAAUAUAUGUACCCCACAGAAGAUGACAGUGAUUCAGACAGUGACUCCACCACUGACAGCAGUCUGGUGGUCAGUAAGGUGGCUGACAGUGGUGGAAGUCUUCUUGAACCCGCAUCAGAUGAGGAGGAAGUGGAAUUUUGUUCUUGCGAUGCCCAGAAAGCUGCCGCUGGUGGACAGUCACCAAAUGGGUCUUUGCCUGCCAGAAGUCAAGAUACAGACCUGGAUCAGACCUUUGACCUGAUGCAGGUCUCCUCGGAGAGAAAGAAAGAAAACUCUGUGACAACAGCCCAGCGCUUGCAGCUUUCUCAGUUGUUCAGUGUCUCCUCUACGGAGCAACCAUGCCAGUUUUCCAACAGCACAACACCUGUGUCUUCUGCAGAGUGCCACUUUAGCAGUGCCAGUGAACCCUGUGACAAAGCUGAAGUAUGCAUGGCAUCCAGUCCUGGUUGCCCGUCCCCACCAGAUAGCCACAGUGUCACACAGGGUACUACUGCCAAUCUGAAUGCAGAUGCCUCUCUGACCUCAGAUUUACUGAAGCAUUUGAAUACAAAAACACCCCUUUCACCUCCGGUGGAAUCAGAGACCUCAAGUUCAUGCAUCAGCAGAUCAGAUACCAGAGAGUUAGCAUCAGUGAUAAACAAAGAAAAAGUCUUAAAAUGUGGAACCAAUUUAAACUCCAAUGCUAGCUCCUCACUGAAGCAGAAACUCCUUGAUAAUUCCGACUGUCCUGUGUGGAGCAGUAUCUUUAAACAUCAGGGUGACUCUCAAAUCAGACCAAACACUAGUGUUCCCAAACUGAAAGGUCUCAGUAUUAAGAGUAAGAGCAAACCACAGGAAGAGCCUCUCCAAGAACCUACCAGGAGUGAAAGUCCAGUUCCUUCAAACACCAAUGCUGCCUUGAACCAGUCGACAAAAUCAUCACCAACCCAUCCACCACCGACCACCUCCAGCUGUUUGAAGACCAGCAACCACCCUGCUAUCAACAGCUGCCUUUCUUCUCCCAAAGUAUGUGACAGAAGGCAAGUUACACCUGAGCACAGGCAGACAGGGGGCACACCACCAACUGUGCAACUGGCCAAGGAGAAGAGCAUCCAUUUAAGUUCCAAAGCAACAGCCAAAUCACAGAGUCCGUCACACCAGCCUUCCACUCAGAGAACAUUUAUAGAGGUGCAGCUGUCUUCCUUACCUGGUCCAUUAUCGCCAGCUGUGGCUCACUAUGACACAAUGAAUUCAAAAGACUCUAAACACACUCAGAGAGGCACAGGUGCAAGAUUAUUCUCUGUGCUCUCUCCUGCCACUUCCACUGUAGAAAAAACCAAUGCUGUGGUCCAUAACACAGAAUUACAUUCACUGUGUUCUACUAAAGACGCUCAUCCAACCGUAAGUAAUGUGGUACCCAGUGCUAUUGUGGAGACAGGUGAGACCCUAAAGUCCAGCACAUCUCGGAUGUACAUGAAGGUGAUGGAAAGGCGAAGCUUCUCCUCAAACCUUGCCUUGUCUGCAGACUACAAUCCCUUCUCUGUCCGACAUAAGAUAAAAUCCUUUGAAAACCUGGCUAACGUUGACAAGCCCGUGGCUAAAAGCAGUGACAUUCAGUCCUAUGCUCUGGCAUACAGAGCCUCACUUAACCAAAGGAUCGCUGGUUACAUGGGCUUGGUUAACUCUGUUGACUGCCGGGCACGGCAGAGAAGUUUUAGUGCUUAUGUGGACAAUCUAAUCCCUACCACACCCUGCUCACCUCUUCUUGGUAAACCCCCCUCUAACGUUACACUGAUGAACCUUGAGUUUCCACAUUCAAGCUGUAACACAGCUCCCCUGUUAGAGGACAAUCCUGAGGCUCAAGUUCAAAAAGCUCCAGAUGGGAUUACGCCACAGACCCCUCCGGUGCUGCGGAGGAAACACGGAAAACUCCCCCGCAGCAGGUUACAGCAGCUCCGGGCUCUCAGUAUGCCUGAACUGGAAAAACUAUGCACAGAGGAAUUUACCAGAGGACUAGAGAAAACUGAGACAGACAUUCAACCCGUAUUACUCACAAAAGCCACAGGGACCGAGAGCUUUCCAACCUCUGCAACCCUGACAAAGGUGGAUGUGAACAGGCUGAGCCAAGGUGAUCCUGGAUCCACUGAAGAGACCCCUCAGAGAACCUCAGAGACCCAUGGACAGCAGCCCAGCUGGUCCAUCAGUUUAAAGGAGCUGGCUUCUUCUCCUCUGAGUCAGUGUAAGCUGCAAACCCUGCUGUUCUCCCCAACGGCUAAAUCACACGUGCUGACCCUGCUUCAGGAGGCCAAGGCUGUGUCUGAGGUUAAGGACGACACUCAUCUGGUUGUCCUGAGUAAAGAGGAAGGCUCAGGGCUUGGUUUUAGUAUUGCUGGUGGAGUUGACCUUGAGCAGAAGGCAAUAACUGUCCAUCGGGUCUUCACCAAAGGUGCAGCCAGCCUCGAAGGCACAAUCCAGAGAGGGGACAGCAUUUUAUCCAUAAAUGGCACCAGUCUGGAGGGUAAAACCCACGGAGAGGCUGUGUCAUGCCUUCAUCAAGCCAGGCUGUCCAAUCAAGCCUUAGUAGUCAUUAGGAGAGACAAGGACAGUGAACUGAGUGUCUCUGAUAGAUAUGACUCAGCCAGCAAGAAGUCUUUGGAAGCUGGAGCAGGGGUGGACAUCAGCCCAGACGGUGCUUUAACGGUGGAGCUUCACAAGACUUCUGCUGGCCUCGGCUUCAGUCUGGAGGGGGGCAAGUCCUCAAGCCACGGAGACAGGCCUCUCAUUGUCAAACGCAUCUUUAAAGGAGGUGCUGCAGAGCUGUCGGGGCUUAUUGAAGUCGGUGAUGAGGUCCUGUCUAUCAACGGCUGUUCUCUGGAGGGCCUCAUGCACCACGAUGCCUGGAAAAUCAUCAAAGCCACUAACGAAGGGCCCAACCACCUCCUCAUACGCAAGCUGAGUACCUGACUGCAAUGAGCGAGAAUACAGAAACCUCCUAGGGGGGGCAUGUGAAGCAGUGCUCUCAAACCAGGGUAUGGACGAGCAGUGGAAACGAGUUUUUUUUUGUUUACAAAUUUUCUGAUGGACUCCUUUUGAGAUUGUGUGUUUUGUCUUGUAACGUGUUUGUACUUAUAAAUAGAUCAGAUUUGAUAAUGAUUUAUUUCUGAUGGGAAGCGCAGUUUGUUUACAGUAGAUUUACUUCAGAACACUAAAGAAAACAAU